ACUGGAUCGGAGAAGUGAAGUGAUAGAUAGAUAUUAUUAUAAGUCGACGAUAGAUCUCAGAAACGGCUCACUUGCCCCAUUGGAUCAUACAUACAUACAUACACACCACAGAUAGGAGAAAAUGGGUGCCGCUGAAAUGGAGGAAGAAGGUGCCCUGGAGAUCGGAAUGGAGUAUAGAACUGUCUCUGGUGUUGCUGGACCUCUUGUUAUCCUUGAGAAAGUGAAGGGACCUAAAUACCAAGAAAUUGUUAACAUUCGUCUUGGGGAUGGAACUACUCGACGUGGUCAAGUUCUUGAAGUUGAUGGGGAGAAAGCUGUCGUUCAGGUCUUUGAGGGAACAUCUGGAAUUGACAAUAAGUACACCACCGUGCAAUUUACAGGGGAGGUUUUAAAAACACCUGUCUCUUUGGAUAUGCUUGGACGCAUCUUUAAUGGUUCAGGGAAGCCUAUUGACAAUGGUCCACCUAUCUUGCCUGAAGCUUACUUGGAUAUUUCUGGAAGUUCUAUCAAUCCUAGCGAGAGAACCUAUCCUGAAGAGAUGAUUCAGACAGGGAUAUCUACCAUUGAUGUCAUGAACUCCAUUGCUAGAGGACAGAAGAUUCCCCUCUUUUCUGCCGCAGGUCUCCCUCACAAUGAAAUCGCUACUCAGAUCUGUCGUCAGGCUGGUUUGGUUAAGCGUUUAGAGAAGUCAGAUAACCUCCUUGAGGACCAGGAAGAUGAUAACUUUGCCAUUGUAUUUGCGGCCAUGGGUGUGAACAUGGAGACUGCACAAUUUUUUAAACGUGAUUUUGAGGAGAAUGGUUCGAUGGAAAGAGUGACACUUUUCCUUAACUUGGCAAACGACCCCACUAUUGAACGUAUCAUCACUCCUCGUAUUGCUCUCACUACAGCUGAGUAUCUGGCAUAUGAAUGUGGGAAGCAUGUCCUUGUUAUUCUCACAGACAUGAGUUCGUAUGCUGAUGCCCUUCGUGAGGUUUCUGCUGCUCGUGAAGAAGUACCCGGUAGGCGUGGGUACCCAGGUUACAUGUACACUGACUUGGCCACCAUAUACGAGAGAGCUGGACGAAUUGAGGGGAGAAAAGGUUCCAUCACUCAGAUUCCAAUUCUAACCAUGCCAAACGAUGAUAUCACACAUCCCACACCAGAUCUAACAGGAUACAUCACAGAAGGACAAAUUUACAUUGACAGGCAACUUCACAAUAGACAGGUAUACCCACCGAUCAAUGUCCUUCCUUCUCUAUCUCGGCUCAUGAAGAGUGCCAUUGGUGAGGGGAUGACUCGCAGGGACCACUCUGAUGUUUCUAAUCAGUUGUAUGCAAACUAUGCAAUUGGAAAGGACGUACAGGCAAUGAAAGCCGUGGUUGGAGAAGAAGCACUCUCGUCCGAGGAUCUGCUUUAUCUGGAGUUCUUGGACAAAUUUGAAAGGAAGUUUGUGGCACAAGGAGCCUAUGAUACACGUAACAUCUUCCAGUCGCUGGACCUGGCCUGGACACUCCUCAGGAUCUUCCCCCGUGAGUUGCUUCACCGCAUACCGGCAAAAACUCUCGACCAGUUCUACAGCCGAGACACCACCAACUGAUCAUCCCAUGCUCUUCUCCAAUUUGCAUCUCUUUUUGUUUUGCUCCCUUUGCGCUUUGGUUUGCACCUCUCUGUCCUCUCCCAAUAAAAGGUUUUCUGCAGAAGGAGACGUUUCCUCGUUUUGUAGUCUUUGGAUCUUCCGACACACUUCACUUUUUCGUAUAAUUUUUUUUUCUUUUUUUUUAAAACUUCCCUUCACUCUGCCAAAUGAGGCAAGUCGUUAUAACAUUUUUUAAAGAUUUAUCAUGAGAACAACAUAAAGAUUUAUAAGAAAGUUUGAAGGAUGGCGCCUAGCGUGGCAAUCUUGGUUGUGCUA